AUGGCCGGACGACUGGCGAGCUGGACCGAGGACAAAGACAAGAAAGAAAUACCGGAACUGCUGCUCAACCGGUUGCUGGUAGCCGAGGUGUUCCUGCAGAUGCUUGCUUUGGGGUUGGGGACGAUCGCCCUCGUCUGGGCUACGGUGGUGCUGCUCGGCGGUUUCUCCUCCGCGCUCAUGACAAUGGAUUUCUGGUUCGUCACGGCUAUCGUCUUUGUAGAAACCGCCAGAAUCGUCGGCUACAACUCGGCGCCCGAGGCCAAAUUCUUCGUCGAUGUUCCGGCAGCUUUCUUGAGAAGGAAAACCUUGCAGGUCGGAAGUGCGACCGCCGGUUUUGUAGGACUAAUCACAAUGGGGCCAGCACUGGUUGCUGUUACUCCCAUUUUCGCAGCAUCGGCCUGCAUGACGCUGUCAAUCUGGCGUCUGCAAAUAAGCAUCGGUAGUCAUGGUUAUGCAGGCUCAAAUGCUCCAUCCGGAAAUGGCAAUUUGUUGCCAGCGCUCAUCUUGUUCUACGCCCUGGUCCUCACUCAAGGCGCAUUGUUCCUCAUGUGGCUGGUUGUUGCUAUGAGUCGUUCAGCACAAGCUGAAAAUUUGUACUUCACAGGGGAAGAGAAGAAGAUAACAACUGAUAGAUAUAUUGCUCGCACACUCGACAUUUGCGUCGAAAAGGGCGUUGUUAGCACCAUGAACAGGACUCUGGUCACUUUUGCAGAAGAAUUGCUGCAAUCUGAACAAGAUAAUGACCACGAAGAUGCAGUUUUAGUUCUACACAAUGUGAUUAAGAGGGAAGAACGUAGAGAUGGAGCGACUAAGCAGAUUUGUUCUUCUGAGCAGUUGGUUUGCAGGUUGAUUCGGUUGUUAAGCUCAAAAAGCCCCUAUAAACUAGAUACCCGGAUACAUGCAGCAGAAAUCGUAAAGGAUAUAUCAAAAAAUCUGUAUCUAGCUAACAUACCUGGAGCAGCCAACUCCUUAUCGUCUCUACUUGAUGCUAGAUUCAUGACAAAAGCAGCACAGACAAGCCACAACACUGGAGAAAUCGUAGUCAGCAUUAAAAGGGACAUGUCGUCUCUUAUUGUUCAUAGCCUUCAGAUUCUUUGCAAGCUCGCUGAGGACCCGGGGAACUGCACAGAGAUGUAUAACACCAAGGAUCUUGUGUCCAAGAUAAUAGCGUCACUUACUCAUGGGCUGCAUGUAGCCGUUGUCAACAAUAAUGAAGAUGCAACAGUUGAGAUUGUGAGAGAAUCCUUAGGCGUCUUGGCCAAGCUUACCAGCGGGACAGGUGAAAGCAGUACAGAACUAUGCUGGUAUCUAUUGGACAAUAGCACAACGGUGGUUGGCCACAUGCUUUUCAUCUUGAGAAACAGUAGCCACACAGACUUGAAGAUACAGGCGGUGAAAAUGCUUACAAGCCUUACUUUGGGUCGUCGACUGCCAAAAGAACGAAAAGGGCUUGUUUUGGGCCGAGUUGAGUGCCCAGAUCUUCAGCAGAUGGUCACAAUCUUAACAAAUGAUGAAAUCUCCAAGGAGGACAGAGCUGUGACGGCGCGAUUGUUAGCAGAACUCUGUGCAAACUCUGGAUCAGCUCACGACAGGAACCGAAUGAGACCAAUCUCCAGUGCAUUGUCCACAGUACUGAAAGUUAUAGGCAACACUCAAUGCACAAACGACGUUGAUGCCGACACUUGGAAAGUUCUUGGAGGCUUAUUAGACCUUACCGUCCAGAUUUGUGUCAAUCUUGCCAUUCCUGCAGACGCUUUUGCUGCUGCGGUCAAGGGGAUUCCAGAGGAGGAUCAUGUGUUUGUAAACAAGCUGAAGGAGAUAGUUGAUACUUGUAUGGACAGAUUUUCCAGAAAUAGGUCUAAGGGCAGCGAGGAUAUUGUUUGCCUGAUGACCAUGAAGGCCGCUGCCAAGUUCGCUACGUGGAUAAUGGAGAUCAACUGCCAUUACAUCGAGUGUUUUUGCCAGGUGAACUUUCUUGAGAAACUCGACACCUCCAUAAUCGACAUGGCAAACCUGGAAAAGUACAUGAUCUUAACCGGUUGCCGUGAUGAGUCUGAACGUUAUGAGACGCUCUCGUCACUAGUAACACGUGCUAAGGAUUUGGUUUCGCGGCAAGAGGCUUGA